CCCCCGUCCCCCAACGCACCAGACACCAAAAGGACAUGCGCCAACCGCUUAAAAUUAUAAACAAUGCCACGAAAACAAAGGUUUGAGGAGAUGGGUGUUUUUCCGCUGCAAAUGCCUCCGCAGCCACCAGUGACGCGAUCAAGGCCACAGAGGAUGAUCUGGGCUGAUCACACAUCAUCAUCGUUAUCCACCGCAUCAGACGCCGUGAGACCCCAUGUCCACCAAAGCCGCCUCUCAAGCGUAGGUAAAACACACGCUACAACCAACCCAUCAAUCGAUCAAUCAAUCAAUCAAUCAAUCAAUCAAUCACACCUCCCGUCCUUCCACCCAGUCCUCCACCUCUCCUCCCACUUCGCACAAUCAAACACCUCCUUCCCCAGUUUCCUAUUAACCUCAUUAUGCGCCUCGCACAUCCAGGUGCCAAACUCCGCGCGCGUCUUCAGGCGCGGCUUAUUCGCGCCGCUGGGCUCGUUCAUCCAGGCGCGGAAAUCGUCCGCGCAUACCCAGCAAGGGUAGAGUUUGCCGAAUAGCGUGAGGAAGCUGCGCAUGUCGUUCUGUUGCUGUGGGGUGGCGGUUGCGGGGUAGGUGGCGGUCAUGCUGUGGAGGAGGGUCCACGUGCUGCGGCCAAGGGUUUCGACAUCGGGAGGGCAGUCCGGGGGUAGGGCUGCUGUGGUUUGGUCCUGGGCGGUUGUAGUUGUCGUUGUCGUUGUCGUUGUUGUCGUGGAGGGGGAGGAAGAGGAAGGGGAAGGGGUAGCGGGGGAUUUGCCCUUCAUGAGGGCGCGCCAGUCGGAGAUGGAGAUGCAGGUGCGGCAGCUGGUGGAGAGCGAUCAUUUGUCAGUUUUAUCUGAACUGUAUAGCUAGCUGCUCGUCGAAGGGCUUGCUUGUAGGACUGGACUCGGAGCAUGAGAACAGUUAUGCUUAUGGACCAAUGGCAACUUACGGCUUUCCAUCCAUACCCAGGAUCAUCCCCUUGGGCAAUUGUGUUUUCUCCUGGGAGCCAUCUUCCUGCUUGCCAUCUGCCGUAGUUGUGUGCUUUGAUUUGCGUCUUGCCUCUUUAAGGGCCUCAACUUGCUCCGUCAAUAUCUCCGCCAUGGUGUGUUAUGUACGUGGCAAUUUUCAAAGCUAUUUGUUAUAGACCCGCGCGCGAGUUGAGAGGUAGUUAACUAUUGAGCUCGAAUUAUUAGUUGCCGGAGGUAUCUAGAUGGAGUGUUAAAUGUUCCUGAAUGUAAAUUGAAGGUUAUAAUGUCAUGGUGUUGGUGAAAUGCGGAAUAUUCUGACCAUUGAAUGCUGAGAAAUCAAGCUUGGAUCCAGCGCCGGUCCCGAGGCGGCGGGUGUUGGUUGCGAGGAAGUUCUUGUCUGCGCCGCUAACGUUGUUCGAUCCCAGCAGCUGCGCUUGACCAACGGUUGAAUAACUCACUCAUCUCACAAGUUCUUUGCGCCGCAAUAAUUCCUCUGUUUAUCAAAGAGCUGCAAUAAUAUCCAGAAACAAAUAGUAUAGCUACAUUAACAAGGAGGAAGGUUACGACAGCCUCGCAUAUCCAUACCUACAUUAACGCGUCCAUAUUCGUCCCCCCAGUCGCGUCAACCCCGCCACAAAGAGGAAGAAGAACCAAAAAUAAGCCCCCGUUUGCAUAUCUAUCGCCAUGUCUGAUUCGGACUCCGAUUCCGAUUCGUUGUCCUCCGUGGGCAUUCCUUCUGAUGAUGUCCUCGAGAAAGGCCUGCGCGACACCGUGGCGGCCAUAUUCAAGAAGGGAAACCUGGAGCAAUUGACGGUGAAGCGCGUCCGGGCUGCGACGGAGAAAGCGCUGACUCUAGACGAGGGAUUCUAUAAGAAUGACGAGGUUUGGAAGGCUAAGAGUGACCGGAUAAUUAAACAGGAAGCAGAGAAACAAGAGGAAUUGGCCGCUGAGAAGGAGAAAAAGAAGCCAACCCCAGCGCCUCCAAAACGGGUACCUCCUCUGAAACCCAAGGAGCCUAAGCGCGCUUCGAGCGCAUCACAACCUGCUAGAAAAAGACGGCGAACUGCUACUCCAUCAGAAUCCGAGGAAGAUCUAUCAUCACCUCCAAGCGAAGAGAGUGAGGAAGAGGAAGACGAAGACGAAGAAGCACCCAGUUCUCGAAGGCGGGCACCGCCAGCGAAGAAGGGUUCUAAACCAGUAAAGCAAGCGCCCAAGCCCAAGCCAGCACCAAAGACAGACACAUCAUCAGACCUUUCCGACGUGCCAGAUGAAUCCGACAAGACAUCAGAAAGAGCGUCAUCGAGGGAAGCUAGCCCAAUGCGUAAACCUAGCGACACCAAGCACGACGAAUCAGAAAGCGACAUGUCCGUUGUCAUCGACGACGAACCACCACCGAAAUCCAAACGUCGCAAGUCAUCCGAGCCCUCACAGCAAGAGAAAUCCAAGAAAUCUUCGAAACCAGCUAGCGGCGGUAGCAGGAAACCCAAGGACGCAGCUGAUGCGGAUCCAGACCUGGCGGAAAUCAAGAAGCUACAGGGCCAGCUUGUAAAGUGUGGGAUUCGCAAGAUGUGGUUUCGCGAACUAGCUCCGUACGAUACACCGCGAGCAAAGGUGAAGCAUCUCCGCCAAAUGUUGAAGGACGCGGGUAUGGAAGGGCGGUUCUCGCUUGAGAAGGCUAAGGCGAUCAGGGAGGCGAGGGAGUUGCAGGCUGAUCUUGAGGUUGUGCGUGAGGGUGCGAAGAGGUGGGGGACGAAAGUUUCCGAUGAGGAAGCGGGGAAUGGUGCACGUCCACGAAGACGGGUUGCGAGGGACUUUCAAGCUCUUAGUUUCCUUGAGGAUGAGGACGGAGAGGAGACAGAUUGAGCGUUGUUGUUUGGCUAUUUUCUUAUUUGUCUUUUUGUUUACUUCCCUUGUUUGGCGCAUAAUGAGUGGUAUGAUAUUGUUAUGGACCGAAUACAUAUCUAUCUGUGAUAUGAGCUUUUUCCUGGUUUCCCCUUUGUUCAUGUUUUGGUGAUGAUGUACGACGCUGGAAAAUGGGAUGAGGUGAAUGAUAUACCGCGAGAAUGCUUGACGGGAGGGUAUGUUUGGCGAUCCGCUGCUAUAAUACUAAUUAAUUUUCUCUGAGACUUUUAAUAUGAUUCUGAGAUCUUCCUGAUCAUUGGUAUGGCUUUCCGCCACCCAUGCGUUGGGCCACUAGGCUGAAGACUGCGACUGAGGAGAUGAAAAGGACCAGGUUGUAGAACUAGUUACGUAGUUAGAAGAACUCUCGCACAUAGUGAUAUUAAUAUUAUAUUCAAUCAGUGGGAAAA